CCCGCGCCCGGCGCCUUGCAGGGCAGGACCCCGGGCCGGAGUGCGCGCCCGGACCGCCCGCGUGUCCGCGCCCUCGUGUCCGAGCCCGCGUGUCCGUGUCUGCGCCCGCGUGUCCAUCCCCGCGUGUCCGCGCGUGACUGCCAGCCAGAAAAAUCAUUUUUCUUCUCUGGAGGGUGAACAUUUAUAGCAUUGAUUUCACGGAUCUGGUAACAUGGCAAAAGAUGCCGGUCUAAUUGAAGCCAACGGGGAACUAAAGGUCUUCAUAGACCAGAACCUUAGUCCUGGAAAAGGUGUUGUGUCCUUAGUGGCUGUCCACCCCUCCACAGUGAGCACGCUUGGGAAGCAGCUCUUGCCAAAAACGUUCGGACAGUCCAAUGUCAACAUUGCACAGCAAGUGGUAAUUGGUACGCCUCAGAGACCUGCAGCGCCCAACACUAUCGUGGUAGGAAGCCCACACACCCCUAACACGCACUUUGUCUCACAGAACCAGCCUUCAGACCCCUCACCUUGGUCUGCCGGGAAACGCAACAGGAAAGGAGAGAAGAACGGUAAGGGCCUGAGGCACUUCUCCAUGAAGGUCUGUGAGAAGGUGCAGCGGAAGGGAACCACGUCCUACAACGAGGUAGCAGACGAGCUGGUCGCAGAGUUCAGCGCUGCCGACAACCACAUCUUACCCAACGAGUCCGCGUACGACCAGAAGAACAUCAGACGGCGAGUCUACGAUGCCUUAAAUGUGCUGAUGGCCAUGAACAUCAUCUCCAAGGAGAAGAAGGAGAUCAAAUGGAUCGGUCUGCCCACCAACUCAGCUCAGGAAUGUCAGAACCUGGAGGUAGAGAGACAAAGAAGACUUGAAAGAAUAAAACAGAAACAGUCUCAACUUCAAGAACUCAUUCUACAGCAAAUUGCCUUCAAGAAUCUGGUGCAGAGAAACCGCCAGGCAGAGCAGCAGGCCAACCGGCCCCCGCCGCCCAACUCUGUCAUCCACUUGCCUUUCAUCAUCGUGAACACCAGCAAGAAGACCGUCAUCGACUGCAGCAUUUCUAACGACAAAUUUGAGUACCUGUUCAAUUUCGACAACACGUUUGAGAUCCACGACGACAUCGAAGUGCUGAAGCGCAUGGGGAUGGCCUACGGCCUGGAGUCCGGCAGCUGCUCUGCUGAAGACCUGAAGAUGGCAAGAAGUCUGGUGCCGAAAGCACUGGAACCCUAUGUGACAGAAAUGGCUCACGGAUCACUCAACAGUGUGUUCGUCACAUCAUCGGUUUCGACCUCUAACGGCACAAGGCUUUCUGCCAGUGACCUGACCAAUGGCGCAGACGGGAUGCUGGCCACAAGCUCCAGCGGGUCCCAGUACAGCGGGUCCCGGGUGGAGACCCCGGUGUCCUAUGUCGGGGAGGACGAGGACGAGGAUGAGGAGUACGACAACGACGAGGAAGACUGACGUGCUCGCCCACGGCCCCGCCUCCCCUCCAGUUCAGCUUCAGGAAAACACGUUUAGGGAAGACAGACUUUUUAACGUGGGCUUUCUGUUUCUUUUUGGCCUCUUCCCAAGAAGAUACUGUAAGCUGUCGAACUUGACCUGCACCUCGGAUAAGCAAGCGCGGGUGGCUCCCUGUAGAGUCUUUGAAGAUGGUCUGUGGCGUGUGCUGAUUCCAGCGUGCUGACGCAGGGCUUUUAUUUACUUUUUAGAUUGUGUGUUUUUAUUUUUAUCUUUAUUUUUUUAAUUCAGAGUUACUUUUUGUCCCUUAACACUUUUUGCUGAGUUUGCUGAGGAAGUUGUACUCCAUCUACAUCAAUGAAAACACAUCGUCAUCCUGUCCAGGCCACUGGAAUGCCUUUCGUUGGCCGCGUGUUAUGGAUGGCACCCCCUGCUGGCAGAGUGUGAGGCUCCAGGACGAGUUCCGAUUUGUUCUAUGGUGUCCACAGAACCAAGCAAAUGGCAAAGCUCUGCUUUUCCACAUUAAGCACCAUAAAUCUUAUAACUUUAUUUUCCCUUAAAUUAUAUUGACUAUGUGGUUCCAUCAGGUGUAUACUUUUCCUUUCUUCCCCCCUUUUUUUAAAUUUUAGGUCUAUGUUGCAGCAAACAAAGUUCUUUUGUGUGUGUGUGUGUGUGUGUGUGUUUUGUUUGGUAAGUUCACUGCCGUGCUGGUGCAGCUCUGAAAACUGUCUGGAAGGCUUGGAAUGGUUUAUUGCUUAUGGUAAAAUUUGCCUGAUUUCUUACAGGCAGCGUUUGGAAACUUUUUAUUAUAUAGUGUUUACAUACUUAUAAGUCUAUCAUUUAAAGACAUGUACUGAAACAAAUGUUGUAUUUGUUUCGUAAGCAUCUUCCUGUAAUCUAUUAUAAAGUUGAAAUUAAAUAUAGAGAAUGUUUUAACAGUUUUUUAACUCAAAAUUUGUCAAUCAUUUUUAAUAGUUCUUUUUUUAUAAAAAGAAAAAGGAAUUCGAGGACAGGCAGUAGCUUCUUUUAAAAUUUAUUCACAGAGAACCAUUAACUGCACAGUUGCUAUUAGCUGCCUGUUCCAAAACAAUAGUCUUUUUAUUGAAACACAAAUAAACUUUUCUGUAAUAUUUUAUGGAAUCUAAAGAGACUUUAAUUGUUGGACUUGUUUAACUGGCACUGUUAGUUUUUAUUAAUAAAACGCGCAUGGGCAUUUUAAACAA